AUGGAAGGGGCCGGCUUGUGGGAUACGAUUCCGACUAUUGUGGUGAAAGGAGUGUGUAACUAUGCGGAUAGCCAUAAAAACAAGAAGUGGCAGCGUUAUGCUGCUGCCACCGCUGCUACCUGUACAAAAGGUAUACUGAAGGAAUGGUUUGGAAAACGCGUCGAGAAUAGAUUAGGUGAUCAACAAUAUUUGUCGUUUGUUCCGAUCGGUCCUUGCAUUGAGGUGAAAGGGCCAGCAGGAUGCUAUACCUUUCCUCUCUUGCCUGGUCAGAUGUUGGAUGGCGAGUCGUUGUGA